CCGCCCCAUGAAUUUUCAUGCUCUGCAGGCAGUGAUUUUUGAAAUUUCCGCUCUUUCACGCACGAUGUUUCGGCCUCGUUUCAUCUGUAUCAGAGAAGGAGAGAUCUCACGAGAUUUGUAGUCGGCUCAAGGGAUGCCACGGGAUUUAGAGAAGUAAAUGUAUGCGCAGCGGCUUGGAGUGGGAGAGAAACUGGGCUCGUGUUUAACUUGUUAUAAGUGAGCGAAUGAACAGUAAAUACAGAGGGGGAAUUCUGCGUUUUAAAUAUUAACUGCGUACAUUAUUGUUUUAUCAGAGGCAAAGGCAUACAAAGCCGGAGUUUGCGAUAGAGAGGAUUAUGACAGCCGGGGACCUGCGUUGAAGAAAAAUACCGAUAGUGUAAGACUGACGGGGUAUGUAAAGAAAAUGUUACGGAUUCGAACUAUGAAACUUAACGGAGUAAAGCAUGUGUGACCUCACAGCACAGGUAAUCAGCAGUUUGCGACAAUUUCCAGAGGUGACUGUAGAAGCGCUUGGGGAGGAUGAGAUCAAAUUGGACUCUGUGCUACAUGGAAAGUUUGCUACAGGCAAGAAUGGGCUGGCCUGGCUGGCAUGUGGUCCUCAGCUGGAAGUGGUCAGCUCUGCCACAGGGGAGCGUCUUUCAGCAUAUCGGUUUAGCAGCGUCGGGGAGAACCCUCCUAAUAUCCUGGCAGCAAAGGAGUUCUGCUGGCUGAAAAGGACAGGCCUUCUUGUGGGACUGGAGGAAACGGAAGGGAGCAUGCUCUGUCUCUAUGACCUGGGCAUAUCGCGGGUCGUGAAAGCUGUGCUUUUACCUGGAAGGAUAACUGCUAUUGAGCCAUUAAUAAAUCACGGUGGUGCCAGUGCCAGCACUCAGCAUUUACACCAGAGUCUCCGCUGGUUCUUUGGGGCUGUGGCAGUAGUAACAGACGUUGGGCAUGUUCUGCUGAUUGAUCUGUGUUUGGAUGACUUAUCGUGCAGUCAGAGUGAGCUCGAAGCUUCAGGUCUUAAAGUUGUCAACAAGGCUCCGGCAGAGAUCCCACGUAUCCGUGAGACUGCGACCAGGGAAGGGAGACAUCUAUGCCUUCAGUUACAGAACCCGUCGGGGAAUGCAGCUACAGCAGUUCAGUACCUCGCAAGAACAAACCAGUUAGCAGUUGGGUUUUCAGAUGGCUGCCUUCAGCUCUGGAACAUGAAGUCCUUCAAGAAAGAGUAUCACUCGCAGUUAGAAGGUGGCAGAGUGUCUGUUCAUGCUUUGAUGUUCCAGGAACCUGAGAAUGAUCCUCGUAACUGCUGCUAUCUUUGGGCUGUACAAUCUGCCCAGGACAGUGAAGGGGAUGUUGUUAGCUUGCACCUGUUGCAGUUGGCAUUUGGAGACAAGAAGUGUCUGGCUUCUGGACAGAUCCUCUAUGAGGGUUUGGAAUACUGCGAGGAACGUUACAGUCAGGACCUGACUGGGGGUGUAUUCUCAUUAAGGGCACAAGCCACCAGCACCCGACUGCUUGGCUGCCAGACUAUUGAAAAUUUUAGAAACCACCCUGAUCGAGAUGAAAGCAUGAAUGACGUCUCUUCUCCUGACACAAGCGUGGCCAUCUUCAGUUGGCAAGUGAAAUCCUAUGGGCAGGGCAAACCCUCUACCUACCUGGGUGUCUUUGAUAUUAAUCGCUGGUACCAUGCACAGAUGCCUGAUUCUUUAAGAACUGGCGAGUUUCUUCACAAUUGCUCCUAUUUUGCUCUGUGGUCGCUGGACGCUGUGACAGUGACCUCCCCAAAUCCCCUCCUGGACAUUUUGGUACAUGAACGCAGUUUAAGUCGAGGACUGCCUCCUACAAGUCCACCUCCAGAGCAAUUUUUUUAUCCCAGCACUUAUAAUUUUGAUGCAACUUGCUUAUUAGACUUGGGGAUUGUACACCUAACAUGUUCUGGUUUUCAGAAGGAGACGUUAAGUUUCCUAAAGAAAUCUGGUCCUUGUCUAAGUGAAGCUAUUCCUGAUGGUUACAGCAGGUGUCUAAUGGCUGGCCUGCUGUCUCCCCGACUUGCUGAUGUGCAGCCUUCCAGUCUUACCCAGGAGGAACAGUUGGAAGCCAUACUAUCAACUGUCGUUAAAACAAGUUCCUUUUGUCUGAUAACUGGGUGCAUCAAACAAUGGACCCGAGAAGAGCAACCAAGGUCUGGAGCUAACCUACGCUUCGUACUUGAGUGGGCAUGGAAUAAGUUGGUUCGUACAAAAGAUGAACUUGACAGCAUUUGUGCUCCACUCUUUAGCAGCUCCUGUAACUUCAUUGAUCCACAAACACUCCAGGCUAUGCAGCACUGUCAGUUGCUACUUGGCAAUCUCAACACCAUUUUUAACUGCUUCCUCAGUGAGGCACAAGAACUCACUGAGAAAGGUCUAGUGGACUUAACGAACAAACAUGUGGUUGCCAACCUUAUUUUUCAAUAUGCCCAGGUGGUGCUGUGGUUCUGUCGUUCUGGUCUCCUGCCAGAAGGUGCCGAUGUUCUGCAGAUAUCUAAGCCUUGCUAUAACUAUCCUGAAAUACAGAACUAUUAUAACGGCCGACGGCAGAAGCUUGAACGCUUAUCUAGAGGUAAAUGGUCUUCAAAUUGCCUUAUGAUUGAUGGAAUGGUGGCCCAGUUUGGUGAUCGAAUUGAGAAGGUGUGGAAGCGCGAUGAAGGCGGAACUGGAAGAUAUCCUCCUCCAACACUGCAUGCAUUGCUUGAUAUUUACCUGUUGGAGAGUGCUGAAGAAUCGGCAAAGCAUGCAAUUGUUAUUUAUUUGUUAUUGGAUGUCCUGUAUUCUUUUUCCAAUAAACCAGAGUCCUCUGUUGAAUCUUUCCCAACUGCAUUUGCAAUCCCUUUGGGAUUGGUAAAGCUUAUCCAAGGAUUUUGGCUACUGGAUCAUAAUGAUCAUGAGACAGCUUUGGAUCUCAUCCUUCACCCAACCACUAGCCGAUCAAUGCUGUCUUGGCAACAUGCACGGAUAAUCCAGGCCUUGAUGUGCCAAGGGGAGCACAGACAAGCCCUUAGAUACAUACAGAUGAUGAAGCCGUCAAUGUCGACUAGCAGUGAAAUAAAACUGUACCUCACUGUGUUCCUGUUUAACAGGUGUAUGGUGGAGGCCUGGAGUUUGCUAAGGCAACAUUCCAGUAGGCUGAAUGUGGAGGAUUUGCUAAAACACAUGUAUGAAAUGUGUCAGGAGAUGGGGCUAAUGGAAGACCUUCUAAAGCUGCCGUUCACAGUCACUGAGCAGGAAUGUUUGGAGAAGUUCCUGCAAAGCAAUGGUGACCUUCAAAACCAAGAGUUUCUCAUGGUUUAUUAUCUCCAGCGAGCCAACUAUGUGCCAGCAUUGCAACUCAAUCAGACCCUAAAGAUGAACUUAAUGAAUAACCGAGAUCCUCAACUGAAAGAAAGAACAAUUGCCAGAAACUCUAUUUUAGACCAGUAUGGAAAGGUUCUUCCCAGAGUGCAACGGAGACUUGCCACAGAACGAGCAAAACCUUACCACCAUCCAUCCACAAUUCUGCGGGAAGUUUCAAGGCCAAAGCCAUUGUCCACUAUGGCAAAACCAGCUGCUUCAGGGAAUAUCCUCACAAGAGCAACCUUCAUUAACAAUGUGCUCUCUAAAAUUGGGGAGGUGUGGGUUGGCGAUAUUACUAAACCGGAUCUGUCACCAUUCAAAAGUCCGAAAAUUCCUGAACUACCACUCGUUAAAUCACCCCCGCUGUCAUUAGACCAAACUGAUGCGUUUGUGGGCACGCCUAUUACCAGAACUACAAAGAGGAUUUCCAGGUUACUUGAUUUGGUGGUUCUGCCUACUCCUGAGAAGUCUCCAGAUGCUGUGAGCAUUCAGCAAACUCCACCCAAGGUUAUCCCAUCAUGGACUACAUCCAGUCCAUUACGGCCAAGUGCUAUCAAGCCCAGCUACCUCAAAAAUGUUUUUAAGCCCUCCGAGCUAACCUUGCUGCAAACUCCUCCAGUGGUAAAGAGAGCAAGAGCUUUGACAUCUGUGGCCUCUAGCUUCCCUGGCUUCACCCCCCACUCCAUCCUGAGGUCCAGCCAGCGCCCAACGCCUGUAGGGUCUCCUUCUGCUUCUCCGGGCAGGUCCCUCACCCCACCUCUGCGUGUGAAAGAAAGUCGUAUCACCUUCAUAGAGGCUACAACCAGACCUGCACAAUGGAGCAAUGGGAUUGCAGCUGAUAACGAAAUAAACUUGCUCUCAGCAACUUCAUCGGUACUCAAAUCAAGAUCUCGGUCAGCUAGCCCUUGGUCUACUUCUGCAGAAGAACGUGUUUUGUUUGCACCAAGCAAGCCACUGGUCUUGCAACUGCAGAAUGAGGGAAUGGCGGAGGAGAUUCCUGACCGAGAUGCUUCAGAAGACAUGCAGGAGGUCAAGGAGAUGAGCCACAUUUCUGCACGAUCCGGAGACUCCACGUUGGAAUUCCAUGAUGCACCCACCCCCGAGGAGUUUGAGGAUGAUGUAGUGAUUAUAAACGCAAAGCCAGCAGUUUCUGUGGACUGUAAACCAGUGCAGGUGGAAGUGCCACAGCUGGUGGUGCUGGAGGAGGAGGAGGAGGAGGAGGAGGAAGAAGAAAAAAAGGUGUCUGAAGUAUUCUUAAUAGAGAAGCAGGAGGAAAGACUUCACCCAGAGGAUGAAAAUGAAGUGGUAGAGCCACCAAUGGAGUACAAAGAUUUGGAUAAUGUGGAUGUCCCCUCAACAUUGACACGUGCUAGUAUUAGGGACGCCUUUGUGACAGACUUUCACUACAUGGCAGCAUCUGAGAGCAGUGAACAAAAGUCGUACCCACUGUUUGAGGUGGUUUUUGGGACUGACGACUCUUCAGAUGUUUUGGUACCUGUAGCGGCUGAUACUCGGUCUGUGGUACAUGUCAGUGAAGAUGUAGCACCUUCAGAAAACAAACCUGAGGACAUUGCAGAGAAUGGUAAAAUUGAGGAACAUGUUUGCUUGGAAGAGGAGGCCACUGCAGAGAAUGUUGAAUGCUUGGAAGAGGGGACCCCUGCUGAAGAAUCUGGUGUCUGCUUGGAAGAGCGCACUGUUGAUGACUUUCCUGUAAUCUCUGAGGAAAGACAGGUUCCAGAUCACAGUGUUGUAGAAGAUCCUGAACCAGUGUCUUACACAGAGUUGCAGCCGACUGUCCCUGUUCUUACUCCGGUCCAGUUCUCCGACACGCAGCACUUCAAAGGAGAACUCUUGGAAAUUAGAGAAACCAAUGAAAGUGAAGUUUCGAAGAUUCAUGAUGACCUGGAACCAACUCCUAGCAGUUUUUCUUUAAUACUUGAAGCUGAGGAUGGAGAGAAUGAAAUGGAAAAUGCAGCUACUGAACCUAAUGCACACCUUCUGGUUGUAGAGUUGCUUAAAGUGAGAGAAAGUGGAGACCAUGCUGAGGAAGGUCGUGAUGUUUCUGAAGAGUCAGAACAACAAAUUGGUAAUCAGGAGGCUGUAACUUUGGUAAAGGCUGCGGAGGAGAGUCCUGAAGCCCAAAUUGAUAUUGCGGAGUCUCUUCCAUAUGUGUCUGAGCCGAUUAAAAUGGUUAUUGCAGAGAACCUGCUAGAUGCUGUCAAAGACACUAGAACUAAGGAGUUUGUUGCUGAGUUGGUCGACGGCUGUAUGCAGGAAGAAAUGCUGGUGACGGGCAAAACAGUAAGAAGCCCAACCUCCAAACCCUUGGAGGAACCCAUUCACGCUUUGACAGACGCUAGCAUCAAAGAGAUAACCAGCACUCUGGCAGAGAACAAGCAGAAAUCAAGAUGCACCAGGGGAAAAAGUGUGGUGAUGGUUGAGGAGCAGACUGCAGAUGUUCAGAUGUUACAUCCAAUAGAUGGCGAGCCUUUGGAUCAACCAGACUUACAGGUGCCUACAACUCCCAGAAGAGCUAUGAGAAGUGCAAAGCACCAGCCCCAAACAAACACGUCUGCUACACCAGGGAGGACCCUGAGAAAAACUAAAGAUGUCAAGUUAGAACCUGACGCAGACCAGCACCAAACUACACAGCCAACCACGCCAAGGAGAGGGGGACGUAGAACAAGAAGUAGCAUUGUUGAGCCUGUGGAAAGCAUCCAAGCUAUGGAUAAAGAUAAUAAACAAGAGGUAACGAUGACGGUUAUCCCUACAAGGAGAACCAGGCGAACAAGCAGUAUCUUGGCUGUUUCUGAAAGUGCCUUGGUGGACCAGCCAGUAAAAGUGUCAGCCAGUCCUAGUAGGUUUACCCGGAAAUCCAUAGGGGUCACGUUGGAGAUUCCCCAAGUGUCCCAACAAAAGGACAUUUCCACCGAGCAUCAUAAGCAGAUGCCCCUCACCCCCAAAAGAGGCAGAAAGUCCAAGAGCAGUUUGGAACAGCUUAAAACGGCUACUCCUCGUAGAGCUACCAGGAGCAGAUUGGCAAGCCUAACACAAGUUCCUGAAGAUGCAUUGCCCAUUUUAGAAAAUGCCUAUGCAAAUGAACUAGCGCUGCAAGCCCCUGACACUUCUAAGGAAAGCACAAGGCUUGUGGAAACAACGGAAACCAGAGAGUCCGGAAUUAUGAUGGUUGAAGGUACUGUGUCUCAUCAUGAUGAAAUGAUCAAAGAGGUACAUGGAACUGCAGCUAACAGCAGGAGGAGGAACACCCUGGAAACCCAGCACCCCUCCCCUGAUGAGGCUGAGGACACCAGGGGUUUGGCAGAACUCUCCAGCAGUGAUGAACUGCAUGCUGAAGAACAGAAUAUAGAAAGCAAUGCAGGGGACAGUGAGAAGAUGGAUCCUGCAAAGGCAACUGUUAAGAAAGCAAGGGGUCACCCCAGAAAAGUUUCUGAUUUACCAGCUCAAGAACCCUUUGUAUUCACUCCUCCGUGCACAAGGUUGAUGAAAGCUAAAAAGCCAAAUUCUCCUGAAGCCCUGUCAACUGUUGAACCGCAGUUUGUCUCUUCCCCUCCUGCAACACGGACAAGACGGAAAGUUGGCAUCACAAUAUCCAGAACUGUGGAGGAGAUGGAUAUACAUGAAGUAGAUAAUGAAGUUCCUAAAGCUUCAAAACCAAUGAAAAAGAAAGCCAGCAAAGCAAAAAAAGAUGUCCCGUGGUCUCCUCCACCAGUGGAAGUAAACCUAAUCUCGCCUAUUGCCAGCCCAAUAGAUGCAUCAGCGGGAAAACAAAAAUCAGGAGAUGAUGCAACUUCAGAGAGGAGAAACCUGAGGAGAACUAGAAAGAGACUGAUGGAUACUAUUUUUCCAAAGCCAGUUACACGCAGGAAGAUGCCUUGAAUUUAAAAAGAUUUAUAACAUUUACCUCCUCCCUUUUGUAAUAAAAAAAUAAAAUAAAAAAAUGUGUUGUAUGACCAUUGGAAAUGUUUAAAUUGCUGAACAUCUAAUUUGGGGGGAAAUAAUUUAUAUAAAUUAUUGUAACAUUUUGUUCUGUAUGGAGUAUUGGACUUUUUUGUGGUGUUUUUUUUUUAUUUUAUAAGACCAUACAUUUAUAGAAAUUAUGUAAAUAUUUUCUUUAUUUUAGCAAUGUUAAAAAUAAAAAUGUACACUUUGCAAUA